AUAUGAUCAAAGCACCGGCAGUCAAGCUGUUCUAUGCCCCAGGGUCUUGUUCCUUAGCUCCGCACAUCCUCCUCCACGAGACCGGGAUAGCUUUUGAAGGCGUUCGCAUGCGACCCGGAGAAGCGCGCGACGCGUAUCCAGAGUCCUUCCGACAAAUCAACCCUAAAAUGCGAGUCCCUGCCAUAUCUCUCGACGGGGAAGUUGUCACCGAGCUACCAGCCGUUAUGACCGUUAUAUCGAACCUGGCUCCCGAGAAACACUUCAUGGGAAGGUCUCCACUCGAAACGGCGAGGGUAUACGAGUGGAUGAAUUGGUUGUCGGGGACGCUGCACUCUCGAGGCUUUGGACAUUAUCAUCGUCCGGACCGGUUUACGGAUGAUACCAAUGGAUUGGAGGGCGUUCGGAGCUCGGCUAAAAGGACGAUCUUGGAGUGUUUUGAUGACAUUGAGGGGAGACUGCAUGGGUUAUAUGCUGUGGGUGAUCACCUCACUGCUGUCGAUCCUUUUUUGUUUGUGUUCUAUCGAUGGGGAGUGAAGCAGGGGAUUCAGGACAUGAAGAUGUAUUCGCAGUACUCGAAACUGGUGUCGAAUUUGGUCAGACGUGAGGCUGUCGCGGCUACCUUGGAAGCGGAGGAUAUCAGUUCAUAUAUAGAGGGCAGCUAA